UUAAGGCUGACUCUAUGGACAAUUUCUUUUUUCAAUUCCAGUAUAAAUUUUUCUUUUCAGUCUACACAUUGCAUCUCCUCUAUAUAUUUUCCUCGGAACUGAAUUGAAUUGAAUAUCAAGAAGAGAAGUAGUAAAGAAAAUGUUUCAGUUUAAAAGCUUUGAGAUGGCAGCCCGAAAGUCAUAUAUUUUGGCGGCUAUCUUUAUUGUAUUACUCUGCACAGAAGCCACACUUGUUCGAGGUGCUAACAGUGGCAACAACAGUGGAAACGGCAACAGUGGCAGUAACAAUGGAAGUGGAAACACUGGCAACAACAAUGGAAAUGGGAACACUGGAACCAACAAUGGUAACGGGAACAACGGCAAUAGCAAUGGAAAUGGCAACAAUGGCAACAACAAUGGAAACGGCAACAACGGAAAUAACAAUGGAAAUGGGAAUGGUAAUAACGGCAACAAUGGAAACGGAAACAACGGCAAUGGCAAUGGCAACGGAAAAGAUUUUGAUGACUUGACACCAUUAGCUUCCGGACAGGAACGACAGUUGUGCAAAGCAAAAGGAAAUUGCUACUACAAGACCCUUACUUGUCCGUCCGAAUGCGCUCAGAAAAAGCCUAAGAAGAAUAAGAAGAAUAAAGCUUGUUAUGUUGACUGCAGCAGCAAGUGUGAAGCCGUUUGCAAAUGGAGAAAAGCAAACUGUGAUGGAUAUGGUUCUCUAUGCUAUGACCCUCGCUUCGUUGGCGGUGACGGUGUGAUGUUCUAUUUCCAUGGAGCUAAGGGAGGAAGCUUUGCCAUCGUCUCCGACGAUAACCUUCACAUCAACGCUCACUUCAUUGGAACUAGACCACAAGGAAGGACUCGUGACUACACAUGGGUGCAAAGCCUUGCUGUGAUGUUCGAUACACACACUCUUGUCAUUUCUGCAAAGAGAGUUUCACAUUGGGAUGACAAAAUUGAUGCUCUCUCUAUCAGAUGGGAUGAUGAUCCAGUUGAUCUUCCUCUUGAUGGAGAUGCUGAAUGGGAAACUAACGUUGAGGAAAGAAAAGUUGCGAUUGAAAGAACUGAUGAUACUAAUAAUGUUAGAGUCAGUGUUGCAGGGCUGCUUCAAAUGGACAUAAAGGUGAGACCAAUUGGCAAGCAAGAAAACAAAGUUCAUAACUAUCAGUUACCGGAGAAGGAUGCUUUUGCUCACUUGGAGACUCAGUUCAAGUUUAAGAAUCUGAGUGAUCUUGUUGAAGGAGUUCUAGGAAAAACUUACAGGCCGGAUUAUGUGAGCCCUGUGAAAAGAGGAGUGCCAAUGCCUAUGAUGGGUGGAGAGGAUAAGUAUCAAACUCCAUCUCUCUUUUCACCUCUUUGCAGGGUUUGCAGAUUCCAAAGACCAUCUGGGGUUGCAUCAAUCUAAGAAGAAUAUUCAUCAAAAGAUUGAUAAUAAGUACAAAAGAAAUAAAUCAUAUAAAUUAUACUAUACUGUUCUUUUUUCAUUUGUAAACUAAACGGGCAUCUA